AUGGCUGGUAAAGGAGUUGUCCGUAGCAUCAAGAAUAUUGCCAAAGGGUUUAGUGAUGUACAAAUUAAAGUGAGAGAGGCCACCUCAAACGAUCCUUGGGGGCCAAGUGGAACAUUAAUGAAUGAAAUUGCCCAGUUAACUUUUAAUGAGUCCGAUUUCAUUGAAAUCAUGGAUAUGAUUGAUAAACGCUUAAACGAUAAAGGUAAAAACUGGAGGCAUGUAUUUAAGGUAAAAAAUAUUUACGUCGUCAAAACCCUCAAAGAGUUCCAACACACUGAAGAAAAUGGAAAAGACGUUGGUGCUAAUGUGCGUCAAAAGGCUAAAGAUAUUUCCAACUUACUCGUAGACGAUAACCGCUUAAAGGAAGAAAGACGUCAGCGACAGGGCAUGAGAGAAAGAAUGGCUAAUGUCGGCGAUUACCUCAACGAAAGUGUUCGAAGAAUCAAUGGCGAAAGUACAACAGAGACAGCAGGUGCUCGCAAUUGGGAUGACGAAAACGAGUUGAAAAAGGCUUUAGCCGAAAGUAAACGAAUCGCUGCUCUCGAAGAGAAAAACAGACGUCAGGGUGACGAUGACCUCGAAAAGGCUCUUCAAAUCAGUCAGCAAGAAGCGUUGGAACAGGAAAAGAAGAAGAAGGAAGCGCUCGAGAAAGAAAACGCUAAUAACUUGUUUAAUGGCUCCUUUGGUGCCUUCCCUCAACAACAGGUAUUUAACUCGCCUGCCAACAACCCUUACCAACAGCAACACAUACAGCAGCAGCAACAACAGCCUGUGUUGCAGUUAGAGUGGACACAGUCAAAUGCAUUUGACACUAUGCAAAAUAACCCAUACCAACAGCAACAGCAACAACAACAACAACAACAACAGGCACAAAAUCCUUAUUUGCAACACCAAUUUAAUGCAAACGGUCUUCAAGCUCAGAUGACUGGAUUUGUGUCUCCUUCUCCACAACAACCCACAAUGGACUUUUUCUCACCACAAUCACAAGGACUCCAAGCACAAAUGACUGGAUUUCCCUCUUCACCACAACCACUGUUUGGACAACAGUCACCACCACCACAACAACAACAACAACAACAACAACAGCAAAGUUUCCAACCACAAGGCUUUGCUCAACCUUCCUUUCAAACAAGUAUGGUGACAGGCACUAACCCGUUUUCUCAAAUGAGCUCGCAUGGCCAAUCACCGGCCUUACAACCUCAACAACAACAACAUGAUUAUAGUGGGCUUGUGUUUGGAGGCCAUACAACAUCGUCACCUCAACAGCAAUAUGCUUCAGCCACUACACCUAAUUUUGGUUUCAGUACAGCCACCAGUAGCACGCCUAAUUUUAGCUUUCAAACGCCUGCUGCUGCUGCUGCUGGUGCUGUGUCUUCACCUUCUCCCGCAUUUGCCAAUACUACUCCCUCUAUUAAUAAUAACAGCGCAUUCUCCUCUCCUCAGCCCACGCCCUCUGAUUUAAAGUUUGCUAAAUUGAAUGCCUUGUUGGCCAACAAAGAUGAUGGCAUGGAUACCUUUGGAAAUCAAGGAAAUUUACGUAUUCCCUAUGGAACAGGAUUUGCUAGCAGUAGUGGAUUCAAACCAGUUGAAGACAAUGUAAGUUUACAUGACAAAUGUAUUUAUAAGAGCCAAAAAAAAAAAAAAAAUUUACAUAUGACCAAGAACCCUUUUGGUCAAAUCAAUCAAAAUCAAUCCCCAAAGCCUUCCAAAAGUUUACUAGACUUGAUGCAAGAACAAAAGCAACAACAACAACACUUUAAUUCUUCUUUUUUUUAA